AUGCCUCGAGAACAGCACGACAUGACUGGGUCUAAUAAGAUUGUCCUUGUCACCAGUGCCAAUGGCUUUAUCGCCACUCACGUUGUGAAAGACAUUCUGCAAAAAGGGUACCACGUACGAGGAGUCGUCAGGUCUCAAGCAUCUGCCGACGCUGUUCUCAAGACUUUUCGUGACAGUUCAGAAUUCCUUUCUGUAACUGUCGUUCCUAGCAUGACGGUCGCGGGGGCUUUUGACCAAGCUGUCAAAGUUGUUGAUGCGGUUCUUCAUGUUGCGAGUCCGUUCACACUCGAUGUCAAUGACAAUGAGACUGAGCUACUAGUACCGGCGAUCGCGAUGACCAAAGGCCUGCUGGAAUCUGCUUCCAUGUAUGGCGCGGAAAUUAAGCGAAUCGUUAUUACAUCCUCCUUCGCUGCCAUGGUCGACCUCAAAAAGGGAUUGUGGCCCGGCCACACGUAUAAUGAGGCGGACUGGAACCAAGUUACCUACGAUUAUGCCAAAACUGCCGACGCCGGUACCGCAUACGUUGCAUCUAAGGCUUUAGCUGAAAAAGCUGCUUGGAGCUUUGUCCAGGAUCGGAAGCCGCAUUUCGACAUUACUGUUCUGUGUCCGCCGAUGGUCUUUGGUCCUCCCGCGCAUUUCCUGUCCUUCUCAGCGUUGAACAUUGCCGCCUGGGACAUAAAUCGAUUCAUCUCCGGAGAACUCCAAGAUGUACCCAAUACGGAUUUCUGGGGCUUCGUUGAUGUUCGGGAUCUCGCAACGGCGCACGUCCGCGCUCUUGAGGUUCCUGAGGCUGGCAACGAGAGGUUUUUGAUCGCUGGCGGUCGAUAUAGCUAUCAGCAAACAGCGGAUGUACUGCGGGCAUCUUCGCGAAUCCCCGACAAUGAGAAGGCAAAGAUACCGCGCGGCCGGCCCGGGGACAACUAUCCAGGCCCCAAUGUCUACGAAUUGGAUAAUUCCAAGUCAAUUCGCAUUCUGGGUGUCGAGUAUCGCUCAUUUGAGGAGUCUAUUGUUGAUUCUGCGGUCAAGGUAGUUGAAGCGAGGCGCAAGGCAGGAAUUUAG